AUGUCUAAAAAUCUACCCAGACCUCUAUUCCUGUCCUCAUCCCCUUUCAACCCUCGUGCACUCCAUCGUCUAUGUACGGCUUGCGAGCAUGCCAAGGUAUCGAUUCCUGCCAAGUGGACUCUGUCAUCGGCCACCCAGACUUCCAUCGAAAUUGACUCCCUCUUUGAGGGUAUAGAUUUCUAUACUUCCCUUACUCAUGCCCAUUUCAAGGAGCUGUGCGCAGACCUGUUCCGCAGCAUGCUCGAGCCCGUCAAGAAGGUCCUCCGGGACUCUAAGAUCGACAAGGUGAACAUCCAUGAAAUUGUCCUUGUCGGCGGUUCCACAUGUAUUCCCCGUAUUGUUAAGCUCAUGUCUGACUUCUUCAAUGGCAAGGAGCCCAACAAGAGCAUCAACCCUGACAAGGCUAUUGCUUACAGUGCUGCCAUUCUAGCCACUAUCCUUUCUGGUGACACUUCAGAGAAGACACAGGAUCUCCUGCUUCAGCUCAAUCACCCUACCACGCUAAGUGUUUUGAGCGGAGUUUAA